GUCCAGGUCCUGUUUUCACAAAAAUUCCAUCGUCCCAUGAAUCAGAAAUCAACUUGAAAUUAACCAUUAAAUAAUAUGCGGGAAAAUGAAUAGACUAAUGGGGCCUGGUCCAGGCAACUACAAACUCCCAUCCCUAAUAGGCAGACAAAACCACGAUUUCACGAAAAAAUGCGAACCCGCCUAUUCUAUGAGGAUAAAAUCCAGUUUGGCAAAAAGAAGACAUAGUCCUGGUCCAAAAUAUGAUCUCACCGGACUAACCGUUUAUGGAAGAUCAUGUUCCCCAAAAUAUAGCCAAAAAUCUAGGCCAAGAACCCUAAGAAAAAUAGGUGUUCCAGGGCCAGGGGACUACAAACCUGAAGAUGUACCACCCAUGAGUAGUAAGAGAGCACCGCGUUACUCCAUGAUGCGUCGAACUGCUGGUGUUAACCCCAAACUUGGAUCACCAGGACCAAUGGCCUAUGGUUUACCAACAACCAUUGGACCUAAAGUUCCAGAUAAAUACGCCAAUGCAGCCUACACAAUGAAAGUAACUUGGAGGAUUAAAGCCAGACCAAUAUCCCCAGGACCUGCAGCUUAUAGCGCAAUCUCCCAGGACGUCUGCAAACAUAAACUACCAACAUAUUCUAUUGCAACAAAAGCAUACCCUCCUAAUCAAAAGGCCUAUGGACCAGGCCCUAUUUACAAACCCAAGUUGGAUGAAAAACCUGGUUACUCAUUUGGACUUAAAACUAACGCAAUACCUUUUUUUACUUUAAAAGACCAAGGGUGUACACCACCAAAAACUGGCAAAGUUCAAAAAGACAUUUGCUGAGAUUUUUUUUAGGAAUUAAAUGGAUAAAUUUCAAGUAAAGUGUUCAUAUCUUAAUAAAUAUAAUAUUAAAACAGUUUCGUUAUUUUUAUUUUACUAU